GCAAAGGAAAAGCCGCCUUUGGGUGGAAAAAAAGACACAACAAAACACAACACAACAAAAAAGGGGAAACAGCGAGAUUGAUUUAGAUGCCGUUUCUCCCACAACGGCCCCUAAAGACUCCAUUUAGAUCCUUUAAUUAAUAUAAACUUACUUUGCUGGGUGCGCUCCGGCGCGCAGGCAUGUGUAAGAUCUCUUAAUUUGGAUUAGUGGCACUUGGAUGCUCUUUCACCAAUUAUUGCGUCUGCAAACUCGGCAUUCUAAACACGCAGCCGCGGUUCUUUUGAAUGAAUGUGUGCACGCCUUUUGAAUCCUAGUUCACUUCGGUGGUUGCGGCGAUGAGACCAGAGUGUGCGCUGGAUAUUCUAGUUAUAACAGUAGUUGAUUAAGCCGGGGUAGAAGGCGAAGCUUUGCCGUUGUGGUUUAUAAGCGCGCGUGAUAUUGAAGAAGUCAGGGUCUGAAGGAGGUGCUGCUAGCCCAGGAAGAGAAGAAGCCACGGAAGGGAGAGAGGCGUUCACAGGGCUGCGUGGCAGUCAAGAGUUCUGGGAAACUUGAACCGUUUCCACCAUUUUGUGACAUUUGGGUUGGUCCUAAUAAAGGGGAGCAAGUGGCUUUGCUGGAUUUAUAGCCAAGAGCUAUGUCGGGAGACAUCAUUCAGGAAGACGACCUCUUGCGGGAAGGCGAUGCCAUCUCAUUGGGCGGCGAUGAGCAUGAAAGAAUCUACCCAGGAGAGAAUCUGCACUGCUGCUCUGUCUAUGGCAAAAGCUUUGGCAACAAAUCAGACCUAACGACUUGCGAGAGGCCAAACGCGGCUGAGAAGCGGUACAAGUGCUCCGAGUGCGGGAAGGGCUUCAAGAAAAGAUCGGCCCUCCUCACCCACGACCGGACCCACACUGGCGAAAAACCCUACAAGUGUUUGGAGUGUGGGAACAGCUUCAGCAACAAAUCUAGCCUUACGAGACAUAAGAGGAAGCACACGGGAGAGAAGCCGUUCAGUUGCUUGAACUGUGGGAAAAGGUUCAGCCAGAGCUCCAGCCUCAUCAGGCACAUGAGGAACCACACGGGCCUCAGGCCGUACAGGUGCUCGGAUUGCGGCAAAAGCUUCAAGCAGAGUUCCAGCCUCCUGGUCCAUGGGAGAACCCACACAGGGGAGACGCCGUACAGCUGCUCGAUCUGUGGGAAACGCUUUUCCCAGAGUUCAAACCUUGUGAAGCAUGAGAGGAUCCACACCGGAGAGAAGCCUUACAGGUGCAUGGAGUGCGGGAACACCUUUAGUAACAAAUCCAGCCUUACAAGACACAAGAGGAACCACACGGGGCAGAAGCCCUAUAAAUGCCCCCAGUGCGGAAAAAGGUUCAAGCAGAGUUCGGGCCUUCUGAAGCAUGAGCGCAUCCAUGUGCGGCAGGGCCUCUCAAAAUUCUCGGAGCCCAGCAAAUGCUUCGAUCCAAACCCAAGCCUGACUGUGCACAAGAGAGCCCAAGUGGGAGAGGACAUGUAAAAUGGCUCACUGUGUUAAGAAAAGCUUUAUUCAAAGAUGAAAACUUCUUUGGAAGUGCGAGAAAGCUUUUUGGGUUGAAACCAUGCAAAUCAGGAAUGAGGGGCCUAGAAAUGUGAAGGCCCAGAAAAAAAACUGGGGGGAAAAACCAGUUGACCCCCUGGAAAUAUGUGGAAAAAGCAUUUUUUCCCUGAUUUUUUCCCCACGCCUUCACAUCUCUAGGGGAGGCCUAUGGCACUCCAGAUGUUCCUGGACUACAGCUCCCACCGUCCCUGACUAUUGGCAAGGCUGAUGGGAUUUGGAGUCCAACAACUUCUGGAGAAGGUUCCUGAUGUUCUGAGUGCUCAGUUUGUGGGUACACAAGGCCUGCACAACUUGUGACCCUGUAGUCAGUGAAAACCUUCUCUUCUUGCAGCCUUCCACAGGCAGCAAACAUGGAAGUUUUAUCAAGCUGCUGAUGGGCUGGGUUUGGUUCAGUGGGCAAUAAGUUGUGCAGGCCUGGUGUGAAGGAGUUUUGAGUUGAACCGUGUUUGCAUAUGAGAAAGCCCUUUCGUGGGAGAGAACUUUAAAAAUGACUGUACAUGUUCCAGAAACAUCCACGCCUUACUCAACGGAGUUCCCGGCGAGGAUGUGGCAACUGGAACCAUAAGUUGACUUGAACCAGAGAGGUUUCUCCGUCCACAAAUUUUUUUUGUAUCAUCUUAUGUAUCAUUAGAGUAGCCUUGUAAAUAAACCCGCAGAAGUUAUUAGCCUGCAUUUAUUUAUUUUUAUUACUUACCCCAGACAGCGAGGCAGCUGCCUUAGGCAACUAAUUCUGGGUGCAAUGAAAGUGCAGCAAAUUGUUUUUAUUUAAUUAAUUUUAUUGUUGUUUUUUCUCCCAGGGAGAGGCAAUUUUGGGACUUUCUGCCUCGGGUGCCAGAAUAAUUUUGCCAGCCUUUGGUGUUAAUCCACCUUGAUUUGGGAGAGUGCAAUUUGCUGUUCUGUCUCAAGCAGCAAAAUGUCUUGGGCCAGCCCUGUCGUGGCUGCUAAGAGGCUAGUAACUUGCAAUUUCAUGCUGGCCACAUGGGAGGGAAGCCCCCCCCCCCGCAGUUAACAUAGAAACACAAGUGGCUAGCUGCUUAGUCUAGUUUUUUUUUUUUAAAGACUUCUGCCAAGUGGGCUGACGGAGAAGGUACAGAUCACUCGGUCCCUUCUGAGUCAGUCCGCAGCUAGCAGAGAAACCAAGCAGGCUGUCAGACGAGUGGAACAAUCUAUCCCUUCUUUGCCAGCCAGCCCAUUCACCUACCUGGAAUUCCUGACCGCCUGUGGCUACCAGGUGAGUUAAAUACAAGGCUGCAAUAGAGAGAAUCAAUCACUGCCCUCUUUAAAACAUUCUUAGUUUUGCCUUAGAAACACUAGCGGUCAUUGUCUGUGUUCAUAAAUUUAAAGGAUGUAAUUGGCUAACCCAGGAACCUGCCUUAUACUGUCAGACCCUUCAUCCAUGUAGCUCAGUGUUGACUACACAGACUGGCAGCACGUCAGGCUUUCAGGCAGACAGUCCCUCCCAGCCGUACCUGGAGGUGCCAGGGAUUGAACCUGGGACUUUCUGCACACAAGGCAGAUGCUCUGCCACUAACGGCCCUUCGUCUAACAAAGGAGUCCUUCCCUGUUGCUAGCAAAUGAACUUCCUAAAUUAGUAUGCACAGGUGUUUUCUUACCAUUUGUUUGAAUGCAUUUAAGUCAGCAUUCCUAUGCAUGGUUACUUUCCACCACAUUGAAUUCAGUUGGACUUGCUCCUGAGUAAGCAUGCAUAGGAUCAGGCCAUUCAAGUCUAUUUCUGAUCACUGUAUUAUGUCCUCUUUAAUUCUAGACCUAACCUUAUUUUUAAACUUACAUGUCAUUUUUUUCUGAGUAAUUUUAUCAUGUUGUUCUCGUGUCAGGUGCCCCAGUGGAUAGAGGCUUUCAGUGGAUAGAGUGUGGGCAUUAUCUGGAUUCAUGUCCUGUCCCAAUAUAAGUCUUGCUCUUUGUGCAAGCCAGCCUCAGUUACCCAUCGUUAAAAUGGGAAUACCCUGGCUUACCUCACAGGGUUGUUGUGAGGCAGAACAUAAAAUAAAGACU